ACGUAGACGAAUGCACUACCUGUUCCUGCGAUAACGGUACGGUUACCUGUGUGAUUGUAAGUUGUCAACCAGCAUUCUGCACUUCACCAGGAAAACCUGAAGGAUAUUGUUGCGUCCUCUGCCCAUACAAUGUCGUGGUGAAGAAAGUCCGGCCUGAAAUCACAAAUGGAGAUACCUUCACAGAGGAAGGGGACAAUCAAAUAAGCGUUAAUGUUUCCAUCAAGUUUGAUGAUGCCACGUACACCACCGGAGUCUCAGGAGAAGACCUUUGGAAGCUUUCUGCUUGGGCUUCAGCCAACCCAGACGGCAAUGGACCAAGGAUUGGAUUCGAAGAGGACAUUCUAGAUCUGAAACAAAAAGACCAGUCCUUGACGAGAAGAGAAAAAAUCGAGUUUACCAAUCUGGACUUCUCCUUUUCCGACCCAAUGGCCGAAUGCGUAGACAUAAAGUAUAUCUGUGUGAGGAUCGAGAGGGGAGAUAACCCAAGGACUACCGGGUACAUUGGCUAUACUUUAGGAGGAUACCCUGGCCCCAGUGCACAGACUGGUUGUACAAGAGCUCCAGAAUGUCGACGUAGUCAAGAUGUCGUGGUGAAGAAAGUCCGGCCUGAAAUCACAAAUGGAGAUACCUCCACAGAGGAAGGGGACAAUCAAAUAAGCAUUAAUGUUUCCAUCAAGUUUCAUGAUGCCACGGACACCACCGGAGUCUCAGGAGAAGACCUUUGGAAGCUUUCUGCUUGGGCUUCAGCCAACCCAGACGGCAAUGGACCAAGGAUUGGAUUCGAAGAGGACAUUCUAGAUCUGAAACAAAAAGACCAGUCCUUGAAGAGAAGAGAAAGAAUCGAGUUUACCAAUCUGGACUUCUCCUUUUCCGACCCAAUGGCCAAAUGCGUAGACAUGAAGUAUAUCUGUGUGAGGAUCGAGAGGGGAGAUAACCCAAGGACUACCGGGUACAUUGGCUAUACUUUAGGAGGAUACCCUGGCCCCAGUGCACAGACUGGUUGUACAAGAGCUCCAGAAUGUCGACGUAGUCAAGAUGUCUUGGUGAAGAAAGUCCGGCCUAAAAUCACAAAUGGAGAUACCUUCACAGAGGAAGGGGACAAUCAAAUAAGCGUUAAUGUUUCCAUCAAGUUUCAUGAUGCCACGGACACCACCGGAGUCUCAGGAGAAGACCUUUGGAAGCUUUCUGCUUGGGCUUCAGCCAACCCAGACGGCAAUGGACCAAGGAUUGGAUUCGAAGAGGACAUUCUAGAUCUGAAACAAAAAGACCAGUCCUUGAAGAGAAGAGAAAGAAUCGAGUUUACCAAUCUGGACUUCUCCUUUUCCGACCCAAUGGCCAAAUGCGUAGACAUGAAGUAUAUCUGUGUGAGGAUCGAGAGGGGAGAUAACCCAAGGACUACCGGGUACAUUGGCUAUACUUUAGGAGGAUACCCUGGCCCCAGUGCACAGACUGGUUGUACAAGAGCUCCAGAAUGUCGACGUAGUCAAGGUACUAAUUUGUUUCGUUCGCUACUGUCAAAAGCAUUUCAGCAUACUCGUAAAUAGAGGUUUACCAAUGUAUUUGUUGACUCAGUCCCGACUGCUGAUUAACAAUGUAAUGGAGCGUAGUAUUCAAUAUCCGUAACUGAAUUAAGAAAAUCAUUCGUACCAAUUGAAAGUAACAAAGAAGCUAUUCACCUUUUACUACUGCCAUGUCAUGUAAGCCAGUUAUAUUAAGCAUCCUAUAGGAAACAUAAAUGAAAAAUGGUUCAAGUUUGAACCUUUCUUAAUGUUAAGUAUGACGCACCUUAAACAAGUUCAAAUUUGUAUCUUUUAGGGGUGGAAACGAGAAUUUCUAGGUGCAUAUCAUGAUAAUAAGGUGCAUCUUUGCAUCUUUUGCCAUUUAGGGUGCAAGAUUACACCCAAAUAUGCAAGGCCUAUUGCUUUAUGUUUUUCAUGAUUUAAUAAAGAUUGGGCCAAAUCAGUGAAGCAAAAACUUUAUAUUCUAUCUGCAGCUCAGGGGUCAGACAGCGUGGAUAUUACCGCUUUCAGUGACUCGCUGGUUCGGAUCAGGUCUGGGCUAACUCGUAUAAUUAUUAGUUUAGGAAUGGCGUGGGCACUAAUAUCCCACGUCAGGCCCGGGCUAUUUCGGUGCUGCUUGGGGCAAAAAUGCAUUUCUAAUGAUAUAGAACAGCCACAUUUAUUUUUCAAAAACCACUCCUUUUCCGAUUUUCGGAGCCUCCAUUGCAUGGCCCUGCGAAGCGGGGGUGCUGGGUGUGCUGAAGCACGUCCAAUAUACAUGUAAGAUUUUCUCAGGCGGUGCUGCUUGUAUUAUCAGUCAGUCUGCAAGUCCCUUUUGUUAAUGAGCAAGAUUCAUCCAAGUCCUCUCGUGGCUGAAUUCAAGUCCCUGCAAAGUCUCGUGAAUUGUGAGACUUUCUUUCUCAAAGAAUUUAACCACUUUCUCCUUGUUGAAUGUGAUUUCUUUACUUUUAUUUUUUGCUAUGUUUACAUUCAAUGUCAAAAUCUUUAUGAAUACUUUUUUACUAAAAAUGAAUAUCACUUUUCACGAAAUCUUAAAAGUAGGUAGUGCUCAUUCAAGCAGAAACAUAUUUCGAAAGUCAUUUUAUUCGCUUAAAGACACAUAAAUGUAAAAAGAAAAAAGCUUCAGUAUAUUUAUAGGAUUGUUUCAAAGCCUAUUAUGUUAUACGCACUGUAAAUCUUAUGAAAUUGUAUGCCCUAUAACAGUUAUGACUUGGAGGACAUGAAAUGAAAAUGUGGUUUACAUAAUAAACUUUUCGAUUUUGUAUGAAAAUUUAAUUCGAUCGAGACCCUCUCGCGUCGGGGGCAUAAGUACUGACAAAAAACUACUAAAUAUAUGUAUGUUAUUCUUUUACGUAGCUCUUUGUUAUCGUUUUUAUGCAGACUUUUUACAUAUUUUUAUAUCUUGGAUACUCUUAUCUUUUGUAUUUUUGCUGUUAUGACAAAGGUGAGCUGUGCUUAAACAAGCCUUACGUUUAGAUAGGCCACCUCUGUCCCAUGUAUCUGAUAUUCUUAAUUCCUUGUUCAUGAGUUUAUCCUCGCAGUUUUUAUUAACCCUUUCAUGAUGAAUGAAUGUAUUGUUCUUGGU